AUGUCGCUCGCAAAAUCAGCUGCUAAAAAACUAGAUUGGACUAAGGUAAUUUCUUCAUUGAAGUUGACUGGUAAGACUGCAACUCAGUUGGCACAAUUCAAGAAGCGUAACGAUGAAGCUAGAAGGCAAUUAUUUGAAUUGGAAGCACAACCAAAGAGUAUUGACUUUGCCCACUAUCGUUCAGUAUUGAAGAACACGGAAGUGAUUGAUAAGAUUGAAUCCUAUGUUACUUCGUUUAAGCCUGUGACUGUUGAUAUUUCUAAGCAGUUGUCUAGUAUUGAUGCUUUCGAAGAACAAGCCAUGGCCAAUGCUAAGGAGACAGAGAAGAUUGCUGCUAAGGAGUUAGAGAACUUGAAGGAAGCUUUGAACAACAUUGAAGCUGCUAGACCUUUGUCUGAGCUAACUGUUAAUGAAUUAGUAGCUGCUAGACCAGAAAUUGAUGCUAAGGUGACAGAGAUGGUCAAGAAGGGUAAAUGGGAAGUUCCAGGUUACAAGGAGAAGUUUGGUGACUUGACCGUCCUCUGA